UUCGGUUCGCCCGCCCGGCUCAGGCAGGUGCGAGCCCGCCGCAGCGCUUAUGCAACGGCGGCACGGCGGGGUCGCCCCGCUGAGGCGGGCGCUGCUCCCGGCGCUGACCCAGGCGCCCGGUCCCGCAGGGGGGCGGUCAGUGGCAGCGCCCGCCCGGGCCCGACCGGCUCCCCUGGGGCCGCCGCGCCGACAUCUUAGCGCCGGAGGGACAAAGCGUGGCGGCGCUGUCCGUCGGCCGGGCGCUGCCCGGCCGCCGCGGCUGUCGCCAGCCGUGAGUGACAGCCCCGGCGGGGAGAACUCGAAAGAUCGCAGCCCUGGCCCGGCGCCCCCCGGGCACGCUCCCGAGAAGCCCGUGAAACAAGAGGAAAUGGCUGCCUUAGACGUGGACAGCAGCAGCCACAGCGAAUAUCUCCAGCACGGCAACGGCGCCGCCUCGGCCUCCGCCGGGGCGGCCGCCCCCCAGGACGCGCAGCCGUCACCGCUCGCUCUGCUGGCGGCCACCUGCAGCAAGAUCGGCCCGCCGUCGCCGGAGGAGGAUGAGGCCGCCGCCGCCGCCGCUGCCUCUCACUCUGCCGGAGCGACAGGGGAUUUGGCUUCUGUGCAAUUAGCUGGAGCUCCAAACAGAUGGGAGGUCUUGUCUGCAGCUCCUACCACUAUAAAGGAUGAAGCUGGUAAUAUAGUACAGAUUCCAGGUGCUGCCACAGUAACUUCAAGUGGGCAGUAUGUCCUUCCUAUUCAGAGUUUGCAAAAUCAACAAAUCUUUUCUGUUGCACCAGGAUCAGAUUCGUCGAAUGGUACAGUGUCUAAUGUACAAUACCAAGUAAUACCCCAGAUCCAGACAGCGGAUGGUCAGCAGGUUCAACUUGGCUUUGCAGCCUCUUCUGAUAAUAGCAGUAUAAAUCAAGAAACUGGUCAAAUUCAGAUCAUUCCUGGCUCGAAUCAAACCAUCAUUGCCUCUGGAACAUCUUCAGCUAAUAUUCAGAAUAUCUUAUCUGGUCAGUCUGGUCAAGUCCAGGUUCAGGGAGUUGCAAUUGGUGGUUCAUCUUACCCUGGCCAAGCACAAGUGGUUGCUAACGUCCCUCUUGGACUGCCAGGAAAUAUUACUUUUGUACCCAUUAAUAGUGUUGAUCUAGAUUCUCUGGGACUUGGAAGUGGUUCUCAAACCAUGACAGCAGGCAUUAAUGCAGAUGGGCACUUGAUAAAUACCGGACAGGCCAUGGAUAGUUCAGAUACUUCUGAGAGGACUGGUGAGCAAGUUUCUCCUGAAAUUACAGAAACUGCCACUGAUAACGACUUAUUUGUGCCAACAUCAUCUUCAUCACAAUUGCCCGUUACCAUAGACAGUUCAAGUAUAUUGGAACAAAAUGCAAAUGACUUGACCACAACUAGUGGUCAAGUUCAUGGUUCUGAUCUUCAGGGAAAUUACAUCCAGACAUCAGUCUCUGAUGACACGCAGGCUCAGAAUAUUCAGGUGUCCACAGCACAGCCAAUUGUACAACACAUACAGCUACAAGAGUCGCAGCAGCCAACCAGUCAAGCCCAGAUUGUACAAGGUAUUGCGCAACAGACAAUCCACGGUGUUCAAGCAAGUCAAAGUAUAUCUCAACAGGCUCUUCAGAAUCUUCAACUGCAGCUGAAUCCUGGAACUUUCUUAAUUCAGGCACAAACAGUGACCCCUUCUGGGCAGAUAACCUGGCAGACAUUUCAAGUGCAAGGAGUUCAGAACUUGCAGAACUUGCAAAUUCAGAAUGCACCUGGUCAACAAAUAACUCUGACCCCUGUGCAGACACUCACUCUUGGUCAAGUUGCAGCAGGUGGUGCGUUGACAUCAACUCCAGUUAGUCUAAGCACUGCUCAAUUGCCAAAUCUACAGACAGUUACAGUAAACUCUAUAGAUUCUGCUGGUAUUCAGCUACAUCAAGGAGAAAAUGCUGGCAGUCCUGCAGAUAUUAGGAUUAAAGAAGAGGAUCCUGAUCCAGAAGAGUGGCAGCUCAGUGGUGAUUCUACACUGAAUACUAAUGAUCUAACACAUUUGAGAGUACAGGUCGUAGAUGAGGAAGGGGACCAACCACAUCAGGAGGGGAAAAGACUGCGACGAGUAGCGUGUACAUGUCCCAACUGCAAAGAAGGUGGUGGAAGAGGCUCCAAUUUGGGAAAAAAGAAGCAACACAUUUGUCACAUACCAGGAUGUGGCAAAGUAUAUGGGAAGACUUCACACUUGAGAGCUCAUCUCCGCUGGCAUUCUGGAGAACGUCCAUUUGUUUGUAAUUGGAUGUUCUGUGGCAAAAGAUUCACUCGCAGCGAUGAGCUCCAGCGACACCGAAGAACGCACACAGGUGAGAAGAAAUUUGUCUGUCCAGAAUGUUCAAAACGCUUUAUGAGAAGUGACCAUCUUGCCAAACACAUUAAAACACAUCAGAAUAAAAAAGGUAUUCACUCUAGCAGUACAGUGCUGGCAUCAGUAGAAGCAACAUCUGAUGAUACUUUGAUUACUGCAGGAGGAACAACACUUAUCCUUGCAAAUAUUCAACAAGGUUCUGUUUCAGGAAUAGGAACUGUUAAUACAUCUGGCACCAGCAAUCAGGAUAUUCUUACCAACACUGAAAUACCUUUACAGCUUGUCACAGUUUCGGGAAAUGAGACAAUGGAGUAAAUAUUACACAAGAUACCUAUUAAUUGUGGUUAUUUUUAUACAGUAGUGAGAAGAAUAUUGUUCCUAAGUUCUUAGAUAUCUUUUUAUUGAUGUGCAAAAAUUUUUGGAUUGACAGUAACUUGGUUAUACAUGACACUGAAAUGCCUUACUUUGUAUGAUAUUCCAUAGUAUAUUAAAAUGGUAAAAUUGCAUGGGUUUUGUAGGUACUUUUGGAAUCUAGAAGAGAAGAAAUUUUACCAAGUUAUAUUAAAAAAAAAAAAAAAAGAAUUUAACGAUGGAAAUGGUAGUCUAACCAAAUGCAUCAAUCCUGUGUGGUUUAGUGUAAAAAAAAUGAGAACAUGUUGGUAUUUAUCUAUUGUAAGAUAAAAGAAGUUGAUGGGUGAAAAGAAAUCACAUUAUGAUAAAAGAAAUUUUGUAAUUUUCUUGAUGACUGGAAUUUUUAUUAUGCAUAACUGACAAAUCAAUUUCCAAGCAAAUGUUACAUAGUGUAGGCUUUACUUAGCUCAUCAACUUGUCAUUUUGAAGCUAAUUAUUUUAAUUAGGUUAACUAUGUACAAUAUUUUAAGCAUUACUCUUGUAAGAUUUUGCAAACUACAUUUUAACAUGGAACUCUAGGGAUAGUCACCUUUUAAAUCCUAUUGAAAAGCCAUGUUUAAGAUUUAAUUUGCCAAAAUGAUGUCUUGUUAAUAUUCUUUCAAUAACCAAGGUGGGCAAUAUAACCAAUGUUUAAAAAGCUUAAAAUGUUAAGAAAAAUAAAUAUGUAUAGGUUGAAGCAUUUGGGUGGUAAGGCAGAUGUUAUAGUGAAGUAUAUCCCUUCUUUUGAACAUUGGAGGACCAAAAAUAAGGUGUAUUGCGUCUCAGCAGUGAUUUUUAUCAAAUCUUUUUCCAAAAAAAAAAACCAUCUGUAUGCCAGGGCCUUAAAAGCCAUCAUGUAAAUUACCAGUAAAAUAUAACAUAUGCAAAUAUAAAAGAAAAAUCACUUCCAUAUUGACAGUACUCCCAAACAUAUGGAUAUAGUCAUAGUGAACUAGGGGGGUUAUGAGGUUUUUAUUUGUUUGUUGUUUAGUUUUUGGUUAGUCAAUCUGCAUUUUAAUAUCAGCCAUCUUUCCUUUUUUGCUUCUUCCCUUAAAAUUGUAUGUAUCCAGUACAUUUAACUGAUAAACAUAUAUGUUUUUUAUUAUGCUGAAUUUUCUUUUUAUUUUUUAAUUACUGUUUAUAUUUUCAAUUAUAGAAAAUGUACAAAAUGAAGUUAUAUAGCCAGCCUGUAAGUGCUAUACCAUUUUCAAAAAAUGUACAACAAUAAUUACUGCAGUUCACCUAUUUACAAACAUUUGGAAAUCUGUUCAUUUGUUAUUCUUAAAACCACCUCAAAUUUAAAGGCUACCUUAUUGUACGUUUAAAGUGUAUUAUAACAGUGUGGUAGUUAAUAAAACACUAUUUUUUUUUCUUUUGA